GUUAAACUGGAUGUCUUGUCAUGUGAAAGGUAUUAAGGGGUCGCCGACAGCUGCCAUUUUCCGCCAUCACCGGCACAAUCCACGUGUCCAUCUUCCUUUUCCUCUCAACACCCUUUGUCUCUUUUUCAUUCACUCUUACCCUCUCUCACUCUCUCAUUUCCUCUUCUCAAAAUGCUCAAUUUCUUCCUAACGAAAGACGUCCGAAAGAUUCUCAAGCGCAAAGAUAGCGAUGCCGGGGAAAAAGGAAGAGCGCUGGAAGACUUGAGAGGCUCUCUGUUUAAUGAAUUUCGUUCCUCUGAAGGUGCUAAACGUCAACAACAGCGUACAUGUGGUCCAGCUGCAGCACUUUCCUUCAAUUUUCUGGUUGCAGUUAGUAUUAUCUUCAUGAACAAAAUGGUUCUCCAAACUGUUAAAUUCAAAUUCCCUAUACUUCUCUCACUAAUUCACUAUGUAGUGAGCUGGCUCUUAAUGGCUGUACUAAAUGUGUUUUCUUUGCUUCCUGCAUCUCCUUCCUCAAAAUCAACUAAACUGUCUGCUUUAUUUACUCUUGGAUUUGUUAUGUCUCUAUCUACUGGUCUUGCUAAUGUCAGCUUGAAGUAUAAUAGCAUUGGUUUCUACCAGAUGGCAAAGAUUGCAGUAACACCUUCAAUAGUUAUGGCAGAAUUUGUCUUGUACGGGAAGAAAGUUUCUUGGUCCAAGGCUUUAGCAUUAACGGUGGUAUCUAUUGGUGUUGCUGUGGCAACAGUGACGGAUCUGCAGUUCCAUUUGUUUGGUGCCUGUGUAGCAUUAGCAUGGAUUGUACCUAGUGCUGUGAACAAAAUCCUCUGGUCCAGACUGCAGCAGCAAGAGAACUGGACUGCUUUGGCGUUGAUGUGGAAAACAACACCAAUUACUUUAAUUUUUCUGGCUGCUAUGUUACCCUGCUUAGACCCUCCAGGCGUACUUUCCUUUGACUGGAACUUCAGUAACACAUUGGUGAUACUCACAUCAGCCAUUCUUGGAUUUUUGCUUCAGUGGUCUGGUGCUUUAGCGCUAGGUGCUACAUCUGCUGUCUCGCAUGUGGUUCUCGGGCAGUUUAAGACAUGCAUUAUCCUCUUAGGGAACUAUUAUCUCUUUGGAUCCAAUCCUGGCAUUAUCAGCAUCUGUGGGGCAUUUACAGCUAUUUCUGGUAUGUCUGUUUACACUUACCUUAAUCUGAAGCAGCAAACAAACAAGAUAUAUCCUCGACAGUCCUCCCUGCCAAAAUCUAAACUAAGCAAAGAAAAUGGAAGUGCCCAUAACGGACAUUACAGUGCUGAAAAUGUAUGACAAAAUUCCAAAUACUGCAUUACAUGAGAUGAUAAUUAACCAAGCAUUUUCCCUUUCCUUCUGUGAUUUCUAGAUUCCAAUCUAACCAUUUUGGUGCUGAUAGUGUAUGCUCAAAUAUAAUAUAUUGUUAAAGCCAUACUAGGAUACAAUGGUUGAAUUACACAUGGCAACUCCUGCUCGAGUUGGAACCCCAUCUAUUUGUAAAUGUAUGAUUUGGUGGAUUCGUAUAUGGAGUUACCAUUUUCUCCGGCCUAUGGAAUAGGAGCCACUAUUGCAUUUUGUAAUUGUCUCAGAAAACAGAAUUUGCUACAUCUCAUCUAGGGGAAAGAGGGAUCUUAAUUUUAUUUGUUGUAAGAAUUAUGGAAUUAUGUGGUCUUUAUAAUUUGAAGCACCUGAUGAUCACCAUUUCAUAUA